CUUCUAGCUGCACAUACUUGUGCUUGCAAUAUCAAAGCCUUACUCUCAUCAUAAAAAGGUAGCGGGAUAAUUGAGAAGUUGGAAUUUAAUGGAGGAGCCAACAUUUUUCAAUAGAAUGAUCACUCAUCUUCGCACAACCUGCAAGUAUUAUACUGGUUAUCCGAAAGAUCUUGGGCCGUCGCGUGUUAUUCAUUUUACAUCAGAGCGUGAAUUUGUUCAACUCCUUCAUCAAGGCUAUCCUGUGGUUGUUGCAUUUACCAUUAGGGGUAACUACACCAAACAUCUUGAUCGAGUUUUGGAGGAAGCUGCUUCUGAGUAUUAUCCACAUGUAAAAUUUAUGCGUGUUGAGUGUCCAAAGUAUCCCGGAUUCUGUCUAACACGACAGAGAAAGGAAUAUCCAUUUGUUGAGAUAUUUCACAGUCCAGAACAAGCAUCUAACCAAGGAAAGGGUGCUGAUCCAAAUGUGACGAAAUACUCUGUAAAAGUUCUACCAUUCAAUUACGACCUCAGUUGCUAUGGAUUUAGAGAAUUUUUCAAGCGGCAUGGAAUACGAUCGACAGAUCCUCAGUAAGAGUUUGGUGGGAAGAGUUAAGCUUGGUGUUUUUAUGGCUUAAGUCCAUAGCUUGUUUAGUUGAUUAUAACAUAAAGUGUUGUAAAAAAUCAAAGUCUGGUUGAUGCAUAUCUAUGCUUUUAUUAGUUUUGCUCUAAGUAAUAACAUCUGGCUCUCCCAUGCA